UAGUAUUAGAGUUUUUCUCAUUUUUAAAAAAUAAAAGGCUUUUCAAUUUUCAAAUUAUGCGAAAUAACGUGCUUCCAUUUGAAUCAUUUAAAAGAUUAAAUUCGGAAACUUAUCAAAUGACUGAUUCGUCAACUGCAUCAAAUUCCUCUAUUAUUUUUAAUUCAAGUAAUCACUCAAUCGAAUCAAAUAAGGACAUAAGCCCUCUAGCACAUCCCACAUCAUAUCACAUUCAGGAACUUUACAAAAAAUACACAGAUCUAGACGAAAAAAAGAUUGAUCCGAUCAACAAUAAUAAAUAUAGAGGUUAUUAUAAAAACUUCCAAACCAAUGUAAAUGGAGAUAAUUGCUAUGUGCUACCUCAUUUAGAAGAAGAGAUCAAUUUUUCUGACAUGAUUACCUAUGAUUUCAAUUCAAAAUCCGAAUUGGAAAGAGAAAAAUAUACAAAGAAUGGCAAAGAUCAAGGAUUUUAUAUCGAAAAGUUCGAUAGAGAAUUGGACAUGAUCGAAGAUCUCAUAAAAACCGAUUAUGAAAUCAAGUGUUUUCCGGGUGAUGAUAUCUCGAAUAAUUUUCAAAGUUCUGCAUCUUGCCCUGAUUAUAUCUUAACAAAAAAUUCUGAUUGCAGUGAAAAAUACCGGCAUUAUGACAAUAUAAAUUAUGGCGGCAAGGACAGGGUAAAGAAAAACAAUCACAAUCGAGUUGAAAGAGCUAGAAGAGACAAUAUUAAUUACCGAAUCAAAGAGCUCGCCUCUUUAUUGCCUACCAGUAUUUUGGCGGAUAUUAAACAUAAUAAAGGCACUAUUUUAAAGGCUUCCGUUAAUUACAUCAAAGAAUGUCAGAAUUAUGAGGAAAAAAUUAAAAGUUUAGAAGAGAGACAAAAAGGUUUAGAACAAUUGUGCACUAAUUUGCUGAAGAAACUACAAGUUAUAGAAAAGGGUCAGUUUCCAUUACCAGAAUAAAAUUCAUAGUAACAGACCAUUCCAUGAAUUAAAGAAUAUUUGAUUUUUAAUCCAUAAUUAAUCAUGAUAAAAUACGGGUAUAAAUUUGAUGAGCCUUAUUUAAAUACAAUCAUUUGUUAUAUAUUAUAAUUUAGUUUUUAAAUAAAUGUAUAUAAAAUCAUUUAUAAUAAUAUUUAUGCC